UGAUACGAAAAACUGUAUUUAAAUGUAAAAAAGAAGGCAGUGGCGAUGUUCCGUCGUCCCCGGCACCUUCGCAAGUUCGACUGCAGGAUAUCUUGGCAGAAAUGUCUGCAGAUCAGAUCGAAGGAAAUUUAAGGUUUGUUCAAACUAUUUACAUUAUUGCAUCUUUUGAAAGCAAUCAAUUGACGAUUAACUGAAGCUUAAAGAUCGACGUUUUCUCAUAAGAGCAGGUGAGAAAAAAUCAAUUUAUUUUUAAUCGUUUCUUCUCUAAGCAAAUUUGUUACAGUGUAUCAGUUAGUUUCUGUGCGUGAUGCACAGAAACGGAGUUGGAAGCGGUUUUGUGACGCGCUCUACUUCGAUGAAAAUGCGUGUUUAAAAAUUUUUGCUUAUCGCACAGCAGGUAACACAGGAUGUAGUCGAUCUGGAAGGGUUGUCAGCAGAUAGACUCAUAUCGAGGAUGCACGAAGCAUGUAGAUUAUUUUUUUGGCACCUUCUUGACAUGAAUUUGACCCUUCAUCCUCAUCAUGCGAGCUCUAAAAGAAAUACUGAACUAGCGGAGUGGAUCAAGGAAAGAUGGGAAAGUUAUGGCUUUGAGGUCAAGUUACUUCAAUAUAAUGUUCUUCUCUCCUUCCCUGUGGAAGGAAAAAUUAAUGGAGCCAAACUUUAUGAUGGAAGUGGAACAGUUAGGUUUCAAACUGCUGAGAAGGAGAAGGUUAUGGAGGAAUCUGAAAAUUCAUCUAAUGCAUUGCCUCCUUUCAGUGGCUAUUCACCUACUGGCAAAGAAAAGGGUGACUUGGUUUAUGUCAAUUAUGGAAGACGUGAAGAUUUUAAACUACUGCAAAGUAUGAAUGUCAACUGUUCUGGGAAGAUUGUCAUCGCAAGAUAUGGGCGUGUCUUUAGAGGUGACAAGGUAACUAAUGCACAGAAGUGUGGAGCAAAAGCUAUCCUGAUAUACAAUGACCCUCAUGAUUUUGCACCUGUCUCAGAUGAGGAUCUUUUUCCGCAUGGCUGGUGGCUACCAAGAUCAGGGGUGCAGCGUGGUUCAAUCCUCAUGGGCACUGGUGAUCCUCUCACUCCAAGAUAUCCUUCUAAAGAUGGUAUUUAUCGGAAAAGUUCAGAUGAAAUCAAAAUGCCAUAUAUUCCUGCUCAUCCAAUUUCAGCUGAGGAUGCAGAACACUUUCUGAGCCUGCUUGGAGGAGAUAAGGCCCCUGAUGACUGGCAAGGUGGAUUGCAAAUCACUUAUCGACUGGGACCAGGAUUUACCAGUAAUUACAGUGACUGGAAAGUGGAAGUGGAAACCAACAACAACCACACGCAGAGGAACAUUACCAACGUCAUUGCCAUCUUAAAAGGAUCACUUGAACCAGACAGGUUGGUAUUGUUAGGUAACCAUAGAGAUGCUUGGGUGUUUGGCGGAAUUGAUCCUUCCAGUGGAACCGCCUGCUUGAUGGAGAUUGCCAGAGCUCUGGGGAAUAAGUACAAACAAGGGUGGAGACCACGGCGAUCUAUUGUUCUCUGUAGUUGGGGAGGCGAGGAGUAUGGUCUCCUGGGAUCAACAGAGUGGGUUGAGGACAACGUUCACUUACUUUAUCAAAGAGCAGUGGCUUACCUGAAUGUUGAUUCUCCCAUUAGAGGAAACUACAGCCUUUAUGUUAGAGCCAGCCCUCUCUUGCACCAGGUUUUGUUUAACGCUUCAAAACAGGUGAAAAAUCCUAUUGAUAUUAGACAAUCGGUUUAUGAUAACUGGCUGGAUAAAUUUCCAGCUGCAGAUGGGCUGAAUCCAAAGGUUCCUCCUCUUGGCUCUGGCAGUGACUAUUCUCCAUUUUGUCAAAGAGCUGGAGUCCCUUCAGCGGAUAUCCGAUACGUUUUUGACAUGUACCAGUUUCAUAACAUCUCUGCGUACCCGACAUAUCACAGUAUCCAUGAUACUUUCUACUACGUCAAGAAGUUCGUGGAUCCGCAGUUUACAACCCACUUAGCUAUCGCACGAAUAUGGGUCAGUACUGCAUUCCUAUUGGCUGAGACUCCUGUGCUGCCAAUCAACUGCUCGGACUACGCCGUUGCCCUUAACAAAGGUUUUCACGACAUAAAUACAAAAUAUGGAAAAUCUCUCAAACAAAAAGGAAUUUCUCUAAAAUACUUGGAGAAGGCUGUCAAAGAGUUUGAAGAUGGAGCUGAAAAUAUGCAGUCACUCAUCGCCAAUGUAGACCUCAAUGACCCAUGGAAGCUUUCCUUUAUCAAUGACCGUUUGACAGGACUGGAAAAGAACUUCCUUAACUCUGAAGGACUGCCGGGAAGGCCUCUUUACUGGCAUUCAAUUUUCGCCCCUAGUCUCUACAACUCUUACGCAAGUGCCACGUUCCCAGGCCUCCACGACGCCUUAGUUGAAGCGGUCAACAAUGGCCCACAUAAUGGGAAUUGGGUGGUUGUGAAAGAGGAGUUAUCAGACACCAUAGUAGCCAUUGAAUGGGCAGCUCAGUUUUUGAAAUCAGAAGUUUAGCUAGCUGUUCCUUAACGAUCCUGAAGUCUAUACUGGAAUUGAAAAGAAUUUUUCGUACAAAUUAAUGGAACAAUAUUUAACUAAUAUUUAAAUCCAUACUUUUUGAUUUAAUAUUAUCAUUAAUAAUAUUAUUUUUAUUAUUAUUUCGUUCAUAGAAGCCUAACUUGUGUAUAAUUGGGUUAAAUUUUUGUGAAUCCAGCGACACUCCAAAAAAAUGGAUAAAUAUUGAAUUAUUUCGGGGACCGUUUGAAAAGAUACCAUCUUGAAAGUAUUCUAAUUUUACUUAAUACGUACGUAUAAUUAUA